GGCGGAGCGAGGCGGCGCUGCCACCAUGGGGGCCCAGUUGAGCACGUUGGGACAGGUCGCGCUCUCCCCGGUCUGGUUCCUCUAUAGUCUGCUCAUGAAGCUGUGCAACCGCUCCACCCCAGCCAUCACCCUUGAGAACCCGGACAUCAAGUAUCCACUGCGGCUUGUGGACAAGGAGAACAUCAACCAUGACACCCGGCGGUUCCGCUUUGCCCUGCCAUCCCCCCAGCACAUUCUGGGCUUGCCCAUUGGUCAGCACAUCUACCUCUCAACUCGAAUCGAUGGCAACCUGGUAGUCCGGCCCUACACGCCUGUCUCCAGCGAUGACGACAAAGGCUUUGUGGACCUGGUCAUCAAGGUUUACUUCAAAGACAGCCACCCCAAGUUUCCAGCUGGAGGGAAAAUGUCCCAGUACCUAGAAAACAUGAAGAUCGGAGACACCAUUGAGUUCCGGGGCCCCAAUGGGCUGCUGGUCUACCAGGGCAAAGGAAAGUUCGCCAUCCGCCCAGACAAGAAAUCCCCCCCUGUCAUCCACACGGCCAAGUCUGUGGGCAUGAUUGCAGGAGGAACAGGCAUCACCCCAAUGCUGCAGAUUAUCCGUGCCAUCUUGAAGGACCCGAACGACCACACCGUAUGCCACCUGCUCUUUGCCAACCAGACCGAGAAGGACAUCUUGCUAAGAAGCGAGAUCGAGGAGCUGAGGAACGAACAUUCCGCCCGCUUCAAGCUCUGGUACACGGUGGACAAAGCCCCAGAAGGCUGGGACUAUAGCCAGGGCUUUGUGAACGAGGAGAUGAUCCGAGACCACCUUCCAGCCCCGGAGGAAGAGCCCCUUGUGCUGAUGUGUGGCCCCCCUCCCAUGAUCCAGUACGCCUGUCUGCCCAACCUGGACCGUGUGGGCCACCCCAAGGAGCGCUGCUUCUCUUUCUGAAGGGUCGGG